AGAGUCAGGGCGUGCAUGGUGAGAGCCAGGGGCAGGUCUAGUGGGACUAUUUCGACUCCGGCCAGGGCUGUGCAGCUUGUAGUCUAGCAUGAGACAGCCAAGGGUGAGCAACCAAGUUUUCACACACUAAAGGUGCGGCAGGGGCCCAAGUACCAUCAGCCCAGAAGAGAGAAGCACGCCACCAUGUUUAAGACCACCUACUCGCGCGAGGUGCGCAAGGAAAAGUAUGAGCGCUCCGACGUCUUUGAUGAGGAACCUGAGGACUCUCAAUCCUCUGCGGGCAUUUCAGCCAUCCAGGGCUGGGAGAGCCUUCAGGAGCUCAACAGCCGCUUUGCCCGGUACAUCAACAGAGCGCGGGUCUUGGAGCAGCGCAAUGCUGUGUUCCGAAAGCAGCUGGAGACGCUGCAGCGCAUGGAGGAGGCCAGCGGCCUGGAGGAGGCCUUCACCGAGCAGACUGGAGUCAACAGACAGCGCAUUAGGGAGCUGAGCUCCGAACGUUCCAAGCUGGAGCGGGAACUGAAGGAAGCUUGCCGUAUGCUGGAUGACUUUACCUGCAAAUACAAAAAUGAAUGUGAUUACCAGGAGCACCUGAGAGGCACACUGGAACAUUUAAACAAGGAGGCCGACAGCGCUUUGCUGAGAAACUUGGAGUACCAGAUCCAGUCUCAGUUCCUGCAGGAUGACAUCAGUUCCACCAGAGACAGACAUAAGAAGAACCUUGCAGAGAUCCAAACUUAUGUGAACAUUUUGCAGCAAAUCAACCAGACACUUCCCCUCGUUCCCAAUGUGUCAGUUGGCAUCUCCGAGGAGCAGGAGAAGCUGCUGGCCCAGAGGAAAGUUCCAGGGCUCCAGAGUCAGCUGGAGGAAUACAAGACUGCCCUCUGUCAGCUGCAAGCCCAGAAGCAUCGCCUGCAAGCUGAGACUGCAAUGCUGGAGCAAGCCAUCAAAAACACACAAGAAAGCUACGAUGAUGAGAUCCAGAUGUUCAAUGAGAAAAUCGAAAAUCUGCGCAAGGAUAUCGAAGAAGCUGAGAGGUCCUUGGAGAAGUUCACCAGUGAAUGUCGCCACUUGGCCAUGUACCAGACCUCCCUUGAGAAUGAGCUGGAGAGGUACAAGAGGAUCAUCGAGAACGAAGAUAACAGGUUGAAUUCUGCGAUAAUUGGCACUCCCAUUACCCUGUUUACCACUAAUUACCGCUACACUCACACACCCACCGCAUCAAGCCGGGGGAAAGAUAUCACCCAGGCUAUCCAUGAUAUCACAAGCAUCAAGCCCCGACAGAAGAUCAUGGCCAAAAAGGUCCUGAAGAAGAAAGAGCUGACCCCUAAAGAUGUUAUUGACAAUGGUCAGGAGGACAGAAAUGUUGGAGUGUGUGUAGAGGCUGGAGAUGAAGAACUGAAGGGAGGUCAAUCUGAGGAAGCACAGGAAGAGAUGGAACAGAGAAAAGAGCAGAGACCUGUUUUCGCUGGCGUGUCUCCGCAAGAUGUCCCAGAUGGAGCUCAGAUUAGCAAAGCCUUUGAUACUCUUUGUAACAUUGUCAGAGACAGAAUGAGGAAGUACAAGAGGCCAGAACCAAUCGCUGAUUUCUACACCAAGGGUCGUUAUGUCCUUGUUACUGGUGACGGCAGCUACCUGGAUCCCUGUUUCUGCACCUCCUCACCAUCAGCUGGCCACAUCUAUGUCACCAUCACGGAUGGAAUGAUAUCACCAUAUGAUCCUUAUGGACAUAGUAAACCAUGUCCUCCACCCCCUAAACCCAUGACAGACCCCAGGCCGCUCAGUCCCGCCCUGCCCUCUGAUGCAGGAAGUGGAAAGGACAAUAACAAGGGUGACAAAGGUCAAGAUAAUGGAGGAAAAGGUAAACAAAAUAUUGGAGAACCACAAAUUCACUCAAAAGAUCCAAGCCCCGUCCCUCCACCAUCUGGCGCAAGCGCCAAAGAUCCCACCCCUACUGCAAAUAAGUCCAAGAAAAACAGAGAUGACAAUGGCACAGGUGAGCCAACUCCAAAGCCUGGACCACGGGGUGCCAGCACAAGUUCAAGUUCCACCACUUCUAGCUCUAGCAGCUUCAGCCCAGAUGCCAUGAGCUAUGAGAAGGUGGAGGUGGUGGAGUCUGUGGAGAAGUUCUCCAAUGGUCGCAAAAUGAAAGGUUAUGAGGAGACUUCCAUGGUAGUGGAGACCAUGAUUGAGAAGUCCAGCAAGAAGAAACACUAAAACCACAUCAACUCCCGUAGGGUCCUUCAUGGUCCAGGUCCUCUGACAAAAAGGAAAUGCAGAUGUUGGUAAAUGACCAUUUAAAUACAAAUGCUCCUUAGACCACUGUUUUAAAACAAAUGUUUUUGUCUCUUAGAGAGACAGGCUAUGCAUUAAGACCAAUUACACAUUCCUGCUCUGAUAUUCAUAGCUUUUCUAUUGCUUGAAGUCUCUGGUCUUGUGUCAAGAACUUGUUUGCUUGCUCCAUAAGUGCUGCUGAGGUUCGACUUUACACCCAUGUUCAUGCGAUGAGUCCUUUACUGUCUGAAAACUUGGGAUUAAAUUGAAAAACACUAAGCUGUAUGCCACUAUUUAAAAAAAGAAACAAAAAAAAUGAAAAAAAAACUUUGAAGUUGUGCCACCCAACUCUCUGAGAACUCCAACUUUCCCCUUUAAGCUAAUUUUGUUUCAAUUGGAUGCCACUGCAUGCCCUCAGCACAGUUUUGCUGUGUAUUAAUUUGCUUUGAUAAAUUGAAUAAUAAAAGAUUAAAACAUCAA